GCAGUCGAGAUGGCGGCAGCGGCCGGCGGGACUGCGCAGGGCCGCGGAGCCACCAGUUUCCAGCGGAAGGCCGCGGACGGCAGCCGCUUGGCCACUGUGGUGGGCACCCGGCCCUCUGUUCGCCAUGGGCAGCUGCUGCUCUCCAGCGGGCUCCCCUCCCUGGACUGUGUGCUAGGUGGAGGCAUAGCUGUUGGAACCCUUCUUCUUAUUGAGGAAGAUAAAUAUGCUCUUUACUCCAAUUUGUUGUUCAAGUAUUUUCUCGCAGAGGGAGUUGUCUGUGGACAUGACUUGUUUGUUGCUUCUGCUAAAGAGCAUCCUGAUAACAUCUUAAAGGAACUUCCAGCCCCUUUGCUUGAUGAGCAAAGAAAUGAACUGGGAGAAGAAGCAACAGCUGUUAAGUCUGAAGAUUUUCAGGAUUCUAUGAAAAUAGCCUGGCGCUACCAAAAUUUACCAAAAAUUGAGGCCAGCCCAACAACAUCUACAAAGUUUGGUCAUUAUUAUGAUAUAUCCAAAACAAUGUCUCCAGAACUGUUUCAGUCAAUAAAAUGGCACAGUUUUUACCUUCCUGAAGAAUUGUCUUUACAGCCUACAGUGAAAACAUGUAAUAUGAACAGUGCUUAUGGAAGGCUGCUGCUGUCCAUUCAGAGGGUCAUUUACCAGGAAGGGUUUGAUGGCUCUGAUCCCCAGAAAAAACAAAAGAAUAUUUUGCGGAUAGGAAUUCAGAAUCUGGGCUCUUUGUUGUGGGGUGAUGACAUUUGUUGCAGUGAUACUCCUGAAGAUAUUCAUAGCCUUACAAAAUUCCUGUAUGUUCUCCGUGGCCUCCUCAGAAAAUCUUUGUCAGCCUGUAUCAUUACAAUACCAGCUCACCUUAUCGAGAAUAAAGCAAUUAUGGAACGUGUAACAAACUUGUCAGAUACGGUAGUUGGUCUUGAAUCAUUUAUUGGCUCAGAGAGAGAAACCAAUCCAUUAUACAAGGACUACCAUGGUUUGGUUCAUGUACGUCAGAUUCCUCGGCUUAAUAGCUUGAUCUGUGAUGUGUCAGACACGAAGGAUCUUGCUUUUAGAUUAAAAAGGAAGCUGUUCACCAUUGAGCGACUGCAUUUGCCUCCAGACUUGUCAGACACAGUGAGCCGCACAAGCAAACAGGAGCUGGCAGGAUCCGCCAAACUGCUGAGCUCAGGAUGUGGUGCUAUGGCCAUCGGCAAGAAGCACCUGGACUUCUAGUGAUUUCUCCUUAGCAGUUUCACUCAGAUUUGUAUGACACUCUAAUUAUGAGUGUUAAUGACUUAUAUAAAUAUUGUUCUUAAUGAUUUGACCCAGCAGUCUUUAAAAAUGGUGCCACCUUUUUUUUUUCUUUUUGUUCUGUUUUUUGUACUAAUUUUGGGCUUGUUUGGAUUUUACUUCUGUAAUGUUGGGUCCUGCCAUUGUUCUGCUCAACUGUAAACAUGCAGUAUUUUGUUCCUUUCCUUAAAAUAAAAAAAUUACUCUUACCA